GGUAAAAUUAAAAACUAGUGGUCGCAACAUGCAAAUGUGCCAAAUCUUAUUGCGCUUUACCAUUUCCAGUCUCCGGUUCCUCCUCGUCGGCACUCGGCGCCGAGGUCGGCAAACGAGCGCGAUGAAGAUACUCCGCGACGCGUGCGCCAAAGAGGGAGUCUUGUUGCUCUGCUGCUCCGACGAGGACGUCCUCUGCGGCGCCUACCACCGGCGGGGUUCCACCACGCGAAUAAGGUCGCCGGCGGACUUCGCCGCUUCCCCCUCUCCGCCCAGUUCCACCCGCUCUGCGGCGUCUGCUAUGAGAGGUGAGGGUUCUCGCUCUGAUAAGAGGACCAGGCGAUUCUUUGCAAUGAAUGCGAUGCUUCCAUCCACGGUGCGCAUGAGGCACAUUAGGUUCAUCCUCGCCGGCGUCCGGCCUUCCGCCGCGCCCCGUGUCGAUGAGCAAACAAAACAAGGCCUUGCUUGCAGACGCCUCCUCCCUCACCGCUUCCACUCGUUGCAGCACCACCGGUAGCCGCGCCGCCCCAGCCAUGCUUGAUUUCGCAAUGGGAAUAAGAUUGCUUCCAUUCCCGGAGCCGGCGCGGGAGCCGCAGGUGCCCCAGUUUACUCCGCCAGUCUGUGCCUCCCGGCCAACGCCUCCACUACCGACGCCGCCGCACACUUCCUGCCUUGGCAACCGAGCAAGGAGGAAGCGCAGUAGCCGUGGAGCAAGGACGUGCUUAUGCCGCCACAAAUCUCCCCUUAAGAGGCCAAGACAGUCAGUCGCCUUGGCCGGCGUUCUGGAGCACCAAUUAGAAAGCUUCUGCCAUGGCGAGAGCUUGUUUCGGUUGAUGCCUUCACAGAAACUUGACCGAUUCAAAUCUUCCCACCUUUCUUAUCGAUAUCAAAGAAGUGAAACAAACUUCGCAAUGAUCAAAACCAAUUCAUCAACUGUGAACACAAACGAAAAGGAGGAGAUAGAUCGAUUUCCCUGAAGACUUUGAAAAUUGACCAAUCCGACGAACACAUCUAGAAACAAUACGCGAGCAUGAUAGCUACCCUUGCGCGCACCGCCCUAU